UUUUUAUUCCUCUCUUCAAUAUUUGGUUUGGGGAUUUCUAUGGGUCGUCUGUAAUUAUCCAUAAUGUUGGAAUGUUGAGUUAUUUUUUGCUGCUCUGUUGAAUUAAGGAUCAUGUUGCGAGCGCCUCUGAUGCGGGCGGUGAGCCCCGGCCUGUCCGUGCUGAGCAGGGCCGUUGCGACCGGCGGACCCGAGAAGCUGGAAGUGUUCGUGGAUGACAAGCGGGUGCUCGUGGACCCUGGCACCACGGUCCUCCAGGCUGCAGCCAUGGUCGGCGUGGAGAUCCCGAGGUUCUGCUACCACGAGCGGCUCUCGGUCGCCGGCAACUGCCGGAUGUGCUUGGUGGAGGUCGAGAAGUCUCCGAAGCCGGUGGCGGCCUGCGCCAUGCCGGUGAUGAAGGGUUGGCGCAUAAAAACGGACUCGGAGAUGACGCGCAAGGCGAGGGAGGGAGUGAUGGAGUUCCUGCUCGUGAACCACCCCCUGGACUGUCCGAUCUGCGACCAGGGCGGGGAGUGCGACCUUCAGGACCAGAGCAUGGCUUUCGGCAGCGACCGCAGCCGCUUCACCGACAUCAACUAUUCUGGCAAAAGAGCGGUGGAGGACAAAGAUGUGGGGCCGCUGAUCAAGACGGUGAUGACGCGAUGCAUCCACUGCACUCGCUGCAUCAGGUUUGCCUCGGAAGUGGCGGGAGUGGACGACCUUGGCACCACGGGGCGUGGCGCUGACAUGCAGGUGGGGACCUACGUGGAGAAGAUGUUCCUCUCCGAGCUGUCGGGCAACGUGAUAGACCUGUGUCCCGUCGGGGCUCUCACGUCCAAACCGUACGCCUUCACCGCCCGCCCGUGGGAGACGCGCAAGACGGACAGCAUCGACGUCCUGGACGCAGUGGGCAGCAACAUCGUGGUCACCACUCGCACCGGCGAGGUCCUGCGGAUCCUGCCCCGGGUCAACGAGGAGAUAAACGAGGAGUGGCUGUCCGACAAGUCGAGGUUUGCGUGCGACGGCCUGAAGCGGCAGCGCCUCGUCACGCCCAUGGUGAAGAACAACCGCGGGGAGCUGGUGGCCGUCGACUGGGAGGACGCCCUCGUGACGGUGGCCAAGGUGCUCAAGUCCGUGCCCGGGGACAGCAUCGCGGCCGUGGCGGGCGGCCUGGCCGAUGCGGAGUCAUUGAUAGCACUGAAGGAUCUAAUGAACAGAUUAGGUUCAGAAGCUGUUUGCACGGAACAAACGUUUCCUCUUGAGGGAUCUGGAUCAGAUCUGCGUUCAAACUACCUUCUCAACAACAGAAUAGCAGGCGUGGAGGAAGCAGACCUUGUCCUGCUCAUCGGGACGAACCCACGUUUCGAGGCUCCUCUGUUCAACUCCCGCAUCCGCAAGUCCUACCUGCACAACGAGCUCGACGUGGCUUUGAUUGGGCCGCCUGUGGAUCUGACGUACGAAUACGAGCACCUAGGGGACAGCGCGGAAGUGCUACGGCAGCUGGCGGCGGGGGACCACGUGUUCGCGCAGCGUCUCGCCGCGGCCAGGCGGCCGCUGGUCGUGCUGGGCUCCGCGCAGCUCAGUCGUCCCGACGGGUCGGCCAUACUGGCGCUCGCCCAGCAGGUGGCCCAGUCCCUGGCCCUCAAGAGCGGGGCCCCGCAGGGCUGGAAGGUGCUGAACGUCCUCCAGAGCGUGGCGUCGCAGGUCGCGGCGCUGGACCUGGGCUACAAGAGCAGCGUGGCGGAGAUCAGGGCCAAGCCCCCGAGGGUCCUGUACCUGCUGGGGGCAGACGAGCAGGUCCUCUCGAGGAGCGAUCUGGCCCCGGACACCUUCGUCAUCUACCAAGGUCACCACGGAGAUGCAGGGGCAGCCAUGGCAGACGCUGUCCUGCCCGGUGCAGCGUACACGGAGAAGCAGGCAUCGUACGUGAACACGGAGGGUCGUGCUCAGCAGACUGUAGUGGCCGUCACUCCUCCGGGACUUGCCCGCGAGGACUGGAAAAUCAUCCGUGCACUGUCCGAGAUUGUUGGCAAAAGUUUGCCGUACGACACGUUGCAAGAGAUCAGAGAUCGGCUGGCUGAGGUGUCACCAAGUAUCACUCGGUACGGAGAUGUUGAAGAAGCCAAUUACUUCAAGCAAGCUAUGGAACUCUCCAAGCUGGUAAAGCAGCCAAUCAGCAGCAGUCCCUUGGACGUGAAACAGAAGCAGCUCGAGGACUUCUUCAUGACGGACACCAUCAGCAGAGCCUCCCCCACCAUGGCCAAGUGCAUACAAGCCGUGCUCAAGCAGAAACAGUCCAAGUACUAGGACUCUUUCCUUUCAGGUUUGGUAACGCUUAGUAUUAUGUGAACGUGUUCAAAUUAUUUAUUCCGGUCACAAGGUGAUACUGCAGAAGAUGCGUCGUUCCAAUAGCUGUGCGCCUAGUAUUACUUUUGUGUGCAUCUUGCUAAAUUUUUUUUUGUACGUGUGUGGUUUUGAAUGUAAAUAAUGUAAAUUAUAUGUCACGUUUGUAAAGACAUUACUUGAAACUAAAGAGAAUCAUGUAUUUUCAAAAUUCAAUCUUAAGCACACAAGCUGCAAUCUUUUUGUAUAAAUCAGUGGACCUAUAUUAAAUAUUAUUAAGACCA